CGGUUCGGUUUCGGGCAAUCGCUGCGGCUCCCUCUCUCUCUCUAUCUAUAUUUUCUCUCACUCUCCAUCGGUCGCUGUGUGGCCAAAUAGUACGCGACUUUCUCGUCUCCGUGUGUGUGCGAGUGUGAAUGUGAGUGUUUGUGUACGCUGAAGCGCUACGUCGAUGUUUGCUCCUCCUAACUUUAUGCACUCGUAAAUAAACAAAAAUAAUCCUAAAACGAUAAUAAAAAUGUCUGGCAAUGAUGUUUCGGUGACUGAAACAGCACAAAGCGAUCAGUAUUUGCCCGCAACGGCGGCUGGGGCGCAUCAUCAAUAUUAUCGCUACCACGGCCACAAGCAUCCACAACAGCAACAAAGCUGCAUGAGGCACAUACCACAACAAAAACAACAGCUGCAGCGUCAGCUGCAAUGGGAGCAACAACAACAACUGGUCAACAACUCAUCGAGCGAGUUCGAUGAGUUCCACUGGCCGAGCAAGCAGCUGCAAGAGUCGAUCGCUGGCGGUGCACUGGGUGGUGGAGCAGCGGGUGGUGGCAAAAUCUAUAUAACACCCGCAGACAUUCCGCCACCGCCCCAUCCGCCACAUCCGCACGGCAGCGGCGGCAACAGUAGCCACAGUCAUAACAAUGGCAACAAAAGCAGACAGCACCCGCAGCACCACCAUCAGCAUCCACAGACACCACAUCGAACGCCGCCACAUCGCUGCAAAUGCGAACAUCCAAUUGAGCUGCUCGAUUAUGACUUUGAGGAUGCAACGGCCGCAACAUCCGCUGCCGCUGCCGCUGCCACAGCCGCAGCCUCCGCCCUUCAUCACUCGCAUCGUCACCAGCACCCGCCCUACUAUUACAAGGCAAGUGGCGCCAUCGCCAAUUCAGCGACAGCAGGUAGCAGCUAUCAGCUGAGGCGCCACAGCGCCAAGUUGCACGAAUCCAUGCUGGGCGGACUCGGUGGGAGCAGCAUCGAUGAUGAUGAUUUGCACAGCGCAGGUGGUUUCGGCGACGGCAUGACACGCUUUAAGAACCUGGUCUACUCCAAGGAAAAGAAACGCCGAUUGCGCAUUAUAUUAUGCAUUGUUGGUGCAAUUGUCGCCGUUGCCCUACUGGCUACAUUGCUGGUCAUAUUCCUGGGCAGCGACGAUGAUAACGGCAGCAGUGAUAAGCCCAAUGAUAAUGCCAUCAAUCUGGAGGAUGUGCUUAGCGGACAAUUAUAUGCGAAACGCUUCAAUGGCAGCUGGAGCAAUGGCAACAAUGUGAUAUACAAGGAACAUGCGGACAUUGUGGAGAUGGAUCUAAAGACGCUGGCAGUCAACACGCUGUUGGCCAAUGCAUCACACUAUGUGCUGUAUGAGAAAUCGGCAGAUGGUCAACUUUUGCUGCUGGCCAAGAACUAUAAGAAAAACUUUCGCUAUAGUUUUCUGGCCCAAUAUGAUAUAUACAAUUUGAGCUCGAAUAUCAUGUUACCGUUGACCAUACAGAAUGAGCCAGCUUUUCUAAGCAUGGUUCAAUGGUCUCCUGUGGGCAAUGCGUUGAUCAUUAACUAUAAUCGCAAUCUGUACUAUAAGAAGAGCGCUUUAGAGACAGAAAUACCAAUUACAACCAAUGAGAACGGCAUCUAUUUGAAUGGCAUACCCGAUUGGGUCUAUGAGGAGGAGGUGUUCAGCUCGAAUGUGGCCACCUGGUUCAAUCCAUCCGGCACACAAAUAUCAUUCAUUCAGUUCGAUGAUUCACCCACGCAUGUCAUCAAUUUCCCCUAUUAUGGCGAUGCUGGCGAUUUGCGUUUCCAAUAUCCUUUGCAUCAGGAGAUACCAUAUCCCAAGGCGGGCUCCUCAAAUCCCCGUGUAGUGCUCUUCAUAGCAGAUCUCGAGGCAGCAGUGGCUGGCAAUCACUAUCUCACUUCCAUGCCAGUGCCAAGUGCACUCAACACUGAAACUGAUUAUAUAGUCACCGUUGUCAGUUGGCUGGAUGAUAAUAAUGUUCUGUCCGUAUGGAUGAAUCGCAUACAGAACGCUGCUUAUGUUGUCAGCUUCGAUGGACGUAGUCGGAAGGUGCUCUACAGCACAGAAUCGAAGACUGGUUGGGUUGAUCUGUAUACGGCACCAUUUAAGAACCGUAACGGUUCACGGCUCGCAUUUGUGCUGCCCCAUGAGAACUAUAAGCAACUGCAACUGCUGUCGACAGAUGUGAGCAAUGCGAAGUUGGAGCCACUGACUAGCGGCAAGUUCGUUGUGGACAGCAUACUCCAUUGGGAUGCGACGCAUGAUGUCAUCUUCUACACGGCCAACACAGAAGAGCAUCCCGAGCAGUUGCAUCUCUACGCAAUACGUGCGGCGACAACGCGUAAGCAGACGGCCAAGUGUCUCACAUGCAAACUGAUGACAUCGGGCGAUGUGGAACAGAGCUAUUAUUCGGCCAUUUUCAAUGACCAUAAUGAAAUUGUGAUUACCUCGCUGGGACCGGGCAUACCCACAACAUCUGUGUACGAGUGGACCUAUGCGAACUCUCAGGUGACGCUGAAGAAGCUACUGGAUUGGGAGAGCAAUGAGGUGUUGCGUGGCAAGCUGCAGGGCGUGGCAGUGCCCUCCCAUAAAAUACUCACAAUCAACAUCGAUGGCGGUUUCCAGGCGAAGGUGCUGCUACAAUUACCGCCCAAUUUGGAUACCAGUGGCAAAACCAAAUAUCCAAUGCUUGUCGAUGUCUACGGCGGACCCGAUUCAUAUUCGGUGACAAACAAAUGGAUGAUGGACUGGGGCACUUAUCUGUCCUCGAAUCAAUCUGUGAUCUAUGCUAAGAUCGAUGGACGCGGCUCGGGUUUGCGGGGCGAGACCCUUUUGCAUGCAAUUUAUCUGCAGCUGGGCACUGUCGAGAUAAGUGAUCAGAUAAAGGUCACGCAGAAUCUGACGGAAAUGUUUAACUACAUCGAUCCUGAUCACAUUGGCAUCUGGGGCUGGAGCUAUGGUGGCUAUGCGGCGGCCAUGGCCCUGGCUAAUGAUAACAAUAAUGUAUUCAAAUGCGCUGCCUCCAUUGCACCAGUCACCGACUGGACCUAUUAUGAUUCCAUUUAUACGGAACGUUAUAUGGGCUUGCCGGAAACUAAUGAGAUUGGCUAUGCCAACUCUAGACUGAGCACGCGUGCCGAGAAGCUGCGGGACAAGAAAUAUUUGCUCGUCCAUGGCACAUCCGAUGACAAUGUGCACUACCAGCAGGCUAUGAUCCUGGCCAAGAAUCUGGAGCGACACGACAUUCUGUUCAAACAAAUCAGCUAUGCCGAUGAGGAUCAUGGACUGGCCAAUGUGCGUCCGCAUUUAUAUCACUCGCUGGAUAGAUUCUUUGGCGAAUGCUUUGCCAGCAGCCGGCUGAUGAAGAGCGCCAAGUAGGGUGUCUCAAACUAAAUAAAACUUAAAGUCUAGUUUAAUGAAUUUAAUAUGAUAAAAUGUAAAAGCUUGCAGGAAAACUAGAGAAGAGCUAAUUAAUUGGUACUUAAAAAGUUGCAUUUCAAUUUAUAAAAGUUUCAUGAUAAAUCAAUUAAAAAAUGUAGUUAAAAAUGCUUCAGAACACCAAAAAAAAAGACACACACACAAAAUAAAAUCAAACUAAUGCAGGUCCAAAAGUGUUAUAAGAUAACUUUGAACAAUAAUAUUUGAGAAAAUGCAUUUUAAGACAUUUUAAGCAUACAAUUUAAAAAUAAAAAUAUAUUUAUAGAAAAUAAAUCAAAUUAAUUAUUAACUAGCUGCAGACGAUGUCAAAAACGUAGUUAGUGCCUGUUCAAAUAGAAAUUUCAAAUUAUACUGAAAACAAUUUCACAAUUAAACUGUAGAUAACAUCUAGGAAUUUUUGUAAAUCAUUUGCUGGCGCUCAAAUUAAUAACUAGUAGAGAAAAAAAACUUGCAACUUAAUGAGAAAAGCAUAAAAGAUAAUAAUGAAAAUAAAUCUGUACAUUUUUUCCAGCUGAAAUAAUUAGCUUGUAGUCUCUUAGUUUUUUUAAUUUGCCGCAUUGUAAAAAACAAUCACUGAAUUUGUAAAUAAAUAGUUGUUAAAAAGGCUUUUGUAAAUUAGAUGGAAAAUGUGUAUAGGCAACAGUUAAAAUGGAAUAAUAAAAUCACACAAAACAAAACAAAAACAAA